CGCGGCCCCGCGCGCCUCCCCGCCCUCCGCGGCCCUCCGCCGCUGCGCUCGCCAUGGCCUGCCGGCCGCGAAGCCCUCCCCGGUACGGCGACGCCAGCCCGCACUCGGCAGCCAGAUGGUCCUUGGGGCGGAAGCGCAGAGCCGACGGGAAGCGCAGGAAGCCCGAGGACUGCGACCCCUCCGCGUCCCCCGACGCCCACGAGCGCAGGCGCGCGGACCACAGACUGGACAGCUUCACCACACCUGAAGGCCCGAAGCCACGUUCUAGAUGUUCAGACUGGGGAAGUGCAGUUGAAGAAGAUGAAAUGAGAACCAGAGUUAAUAAAGAGAUUGCAAGAUAUAAAAGAAAACUUCUCAUAAACGACUUUGGAAGAGAGAGGAAGUCAUCCUCAGGAAGUUCUGAUUCAAAAGAGUCCAUGUCUACGGUGCCGGCCGACCUAGAGACAGACGAGAGCGUGCUGAUGAGAAGGCAGAAGCAGAUCAACUAUGGGAAGAACACCAUCGCCUACGAUCGCUACAUUAAAGAAGUGCCCAGACACCUUCGACAGCCUGGCGUUCACCCUAAGACCCCCAACAAGUUUAAGAAGUACAGCCGGCGGUCGUGGGACCAGCAGAUCAGACUCUGGAAGGUUGCGCUGCAUUUCUGGGACCCUCCUGCCGAAGAGGGCUGUGACCUACAGGACAUCCAACCAGUAGACCUGGGGGAGAUGGAGACCGAAUCAACAGAAAGCAGCUCAGAAUCCCAGAUGAGCUCGCAGGACAACUUGGAUGUUCUGGACGAGGCCACGAUACGAUUAUCACGCUCAGGGAAUGGAGCGUUGGUCAAACACUGCCAUCCAGUCAACAGCCCAGAUUCCGGUUCCCGCUUGUCACAAUAAUGGCCUGUAGCAGCUCUUUUUCACUAUUUUGAUCCAGGGUCUGAUCAGGGAUCACAUGUUCAAUGGCCAUGUCUCUGUUUCCUUUAAUCUAGAACAGUCUCUUGCCUUUUUUCCCCCAAGACAUUUCUCUUUUAAAGUGUUCAGGCUAGUUUUUGUGCAGAUUGUUCCUUAAUAUGGAGUUGUCAGACAGUUUUGGCAAGAAGACGACAAUGGGCCCGUCGUUGGUGACAUCCAGUUUGAUGCAUGUUCAGGCGGGAGCUACCGGAUUUCUCCAUUGUGAAGAUGGGCCUUUUGUUUUUUUACAUUUAUGGUAAAGCCUUGGAUUUUUUGUUUUUUUUUAAAAUUGUGGAAACAUGUACACCAGAACAUUCACCAGUGCAGCUUCCACAUUUAUACUUCAGUGACGUUGAUGGCAUCUCUCACGUUGUGCCACCAUUGUCACCAUCCUUUUCCAAAACAUUCCACCACCAGUAACAUCAACUCAAUGAAAACCUUGGUUUUAAUUGGGAAAAUGUAUUGGGCUGGAAAUUGCUUUAAACUCUCAAAUUGGUCAAAUGUCAUAUUUGAAUGUAUGGAUUUUUAAUAUUAAAAAAGCAACUAUGUUCAUUAAAGCAAUCCAGAAAUGUAUCCAGUCAGACACUGUCCCCUCCUGCCCUGAGGUAGCCGCCAUUCGUGAUUUUAUCCAACCUUUGCUAAUUCUUUCUGUGCUCAAAGCAUUACGUGGGUGUACGUGCACAAAUUUUAUGUUGUAUACAGCGCCUUAUGAAUAUAUACGAGACCCCUUUUUGCAGUGUGAUUAAUUAGUACUCAUUCCAUUUAACGAGUGAAGUGUCUAGGACCUUGACAUACCUCACGUGAUUCCUGGCAGUUUUCAGCGGGUGAAGCGGUCUCAGGAAAGGGCUGUCCUCCAUCCCCAGGGUCUGCCGGCUGAGCCGAGGCAGCUCUCCUCGUCGUCGGAGUACUCAGCGGUGUGACUGUUCCACAAGGCAGCAGAGUGUGGAAUCUGAGCAUUUGUCCACGCGCCACGCCGUUCAGAGUGGGAGCGACUGUGAUCGGAGAUGUCAAGCCUAUUAGCUUCCGAUUCUGGGGAGAAGUUCUGUGGGUAAAAUUUGGCACUUCUAGCUUAAAAUGAGAUUUGAUGUUACCCAUGAGUUUUAAUUAGCUAAUACUUUGAAUUCUCAGUGUGGCUGUUACCUGCAUAGUUACGAUUGUAGUCAUGUAGUGUUUUGAGGUGUAAUGUUAUAUAUAAUGAGUGUGUUUUGCAUGUUUUAAAUUGUAAAGGGAACCAAAUCCAAGAAAGAGUGGACUUGAAGCAAUCUUAAAUCAACCUUAAUUGCUUAAACCUCUAUCAGCCUCUAAGUUCUAACCUCACAACUAUACUUUAAGUGGUUUCCCACAGUGUUUUAUGUAUUAAGUUGCCACUUGUGAAACGGGUUGGUUUUGAAUUUUACCAUGUAUCCAUGGAACCAGCCUGGAGUUGGCUAUUGUUGACUGGUAUCUGACAGUAUUUCCAGAAUUGAAGAUCUUUAACGUCUUCUUGUACCCUUCACUGUUGGCUUUUUGUCAAGAUGUCAGGUUGGCGAUAUCCUCAUACAGAGCACUGACUCAUCAAAGCUGUUAAGCAGAGCUAUUAGAAAUAGUGACUUUUAUGUAAGUUAUACAGUCUUAAUUUGGUACUUGUAAAUAGUGCUAGCCGGGUAGGCUGUUCUACCUAUAAUACUUCAAGAGUUAAGGCAAUGGAAGGGAUUUAGAAGCCUUUUUUUUUUUUUUUUUUUAACGAUCAGUUAAUUUACCAUGUAAAAUUGCUGUAAAUGAUAAUGUGUACAGAUUUUCUGUUCAUAUAUUCACUUGUAAACUUCUUGUUAAGACUGUUAUGUUUCUAUUGCUUUUGUAUGGAACGAUAUUACAGAAAUAAAAAGAAAAGAACCUUUAACUGAAUUGUUAAA